AUGAAGUUCAAAAGGCCACUGGCAGCUUUAGAUGUGUGGAGUCGUAGUAAAGCUGCUGCAGUAAAGCCAGGCUUAGGGUGGAACGAAACAAUUCCACGGAAGCCGGGUAGCUACCACCCAAAUGUGCCCUUCCUCAGCGGGGAUGUUGGGAAGCGUGCUUUGCCCAAGCACGGGGCAGAGCCUGGCAGCCGUGUAGCCCUUCUGCCUUCUGAUUUGCAGCGAUGCAAGCGCGAGGAUCAACACUCUGUGGUAGGCCAGGGAGCUGGCCCCACUCCAAACUCCAGUUCUUGCUCAAAUCCAAACACUGGAAGUGGUUACAUGAACUCAUCCCAGCAAUCAAUGUUGAAUCAGCAACUGAUGGAAAAGAAACAGGCUCUGCAACGGCAAAUGAUGGAGCAAAAACAACUUCUUCUACAGCAGCAGAUGUUGGCAGAAGCCGAGAAAAUAACUCCACAAGACCAGCUGAACAGACACUUGACACGACCACCACCAGAUUAUAAAGACCAAAGAAGGAACGUGGUCAACAUGCAACAAGCAAACCAAUAUCCUGGUGGUUCACCAGCUGUGAGUAUGAGCUCCAACAAUAUGUCCUUAUCCAACCCAAUUUCAACUCAUAGCAUCAUGCCCCAGAGCUCCAGCCUCAUGUCCACCCCUGCUGGGACCCGAAUGCCUUCUGUUCCUGCUGCUCGGAAUAUGGGCUGCUACGGGAACCUUCCUUGCAACCAACAAAGUGCAUACAACGUGACUUCAGGAAUGAAUCAAAUGCAGCCACACAGAAACCAAAAUCAAGUCCUGCCCAGUCAGAAUAACCCCAUGAUGUCUCGACAGCAAACUAUGACACAGGGGAACAACGUGGCGGCUUUUGGGACGGGGUCGGUGGUCAACUCGCAGCAAGCAAGGCCAAGCUUGAACCAUGGAGCCACUGGUAUCCCUGCGCAAAGGCCAGCCCAUGUGAUGAUCACGGCUACUGCCACUGCCCAGAACUGGGCCCCACAAGAAGCUGCAGUGAAGCAGCAGGACGCACUGAAACCCACAGGAGUCCGUUUCCCCACAGGCACUCCAUAUCCCAACCAGUCUUUGCAACGCAACAUAGGCAACCAGCAUUUCCCUCAGCGCGCAUUGGCACCUCCUAAUCAGUUAACGGCAGGAGUCCAAAUGAGGCCUCCUCCAAACCAAAUGCACCAGACUCUAAAUGGACAAUCUGCUGGUUCACUACGAGGUCUCAGCAUAAGACCUAACCAGCUGAGAGGACAGACUUUGCCUACCUUGAAUCAGCCAGGAACAAGUAUGACUCCUCCGUCGUCUCUGCCAUCAACCAGUUUCACAUCUACCAACCAAAACUCUCGGGCUUACCAAGGAAGUGACCAUGGUAAUGACCUAGCAUUUGACUUUCUGAACCAGCAAGGUGACAGUAUAGGACCUGCACUCAACAGUGACUCAGACUUUAUAGAUUCUUUACUGAAAACGGAACCUGGUAAUGAUGACUGGAUGAAAGACAUCAACCUCGAUGAAAUUUUGGGGAACCACUCAUAA